UUGACAUGACAGCUACGGCAUCCUGCCCUACGGCUGACGUGUAUUUCAAGAUUUCGAAGCGGACGCAUUUUCAAAUUAAUUUAAGCAAAAUGACUUCCCUAACUGCUGUAAUUCCGAAAUUAUAUCAAGAAUACACCAUUAAAACUCCCAAGAAGCUGAAGAUCAUCGAUGCGUACCUACUUUACAUUUUCCUGACUGCUGUGAUUCAGUUCGCAUACUGCUGCCUUGUCGGCACUUUUCCAUUCAAUUCUUUCUUGAGCGGGUUUAUUUCCACCGUUAGUUCAUUCGUACUUGCAGUGUGCCUACGACUGCAAGUGAAUCCUGAGAACAAAAAUGAAUUCCAGGGCAUCAGUGCGGAGCGUGGCUUCGCAGAUUUCAUAUUUGCACACCUCGUGCUACACAUCGUCGUUAUUAACUUCAUAGGAUAAAUUAAUUGUAUUCUCUUCAUUUUUAAGAAAUAAAUUGUAUGGUUCAAUUCUGGUCUGUCUUGUUAUUAAUUCACUGUGUUGUGGAUGAAUUUAAUUUUGCAACUGCUAAAAUAUGCUAUUGUCACAAUAAAUCAGAUAAUGUUCAUGAAAUAAAUAAAUGGUCGUUUUGAGGAUGAUUGCUAUUUACAUAGGGA